AUGAGUGAGAAUGGUGAUGAUAAUAGAUUAUUAACUUCAAGACAUGUUUCAUUUAUUAGUUUCGGAGGUAUAGUGGGUACCGGAUUAUUUAUUGGAAUUAAAAACACGUUGAUAACUGGUCCAAUCUUUAGUUUAUUAAGUUAUGGUUAUAUAAGUUUAAUUUGUUAUUAUAUAAUUCAAGCCGUGGGCGAAAUGUCAUGUUUUAUGCCAGUUACUGGUUCAUUAUGUCAAUUUCAGUUUAAAUUCAUAUCAGAUCAAAUAGGUUUCAUGAAUAAUUUUAUAUAUUGGUUAAGUUGGUCAAUUACAUUAGCUUUAGAAUUGUCAUUAAUUUGUUCAGUUUUAGAAUAUUGGUGGGAUUUAAAUACAACGAGCACAAUUUUAAUUAUAUGGAUAUGUCUCGUGAUAUUCAACUUAUUACCAGUUAAUUAUUAUGGUGAGAUAGAAUUUAUUGUAACUAGUUUAAAAGUUCUAUUUAUGGUUUGUUGGAUUUUUAUCGCAAUUUGGUUGGUACCUAAAAAUGGGUUCAAAUAUUGGAAUAAAGAAUUAAUAUUAGGUAAUGCAAAUCCAAUGACUAGUUUAGUUUCUUCAUGUUUCACUUUUCAGUCCAUUGAAUCAGUUGCUUUAUGUUCUGGUGAAAUCCAAGAUAUUCAUAAAAAUUUACCACGAGCUAUAAAAUAUAUUGUUACACGGAUAUUAAUUUUUUACAUGUUGACAUUGUUUUUAUUGACCUUGAUGAUACCUUGUACUGAUCCAAGAUUGAAUAAUGAUGACGUUAUGUCGUCUCCUUUUUUAAUUGGGUUAAUGAACCUCGGUGUUGAUAAUUUCCUAGGAGUUUUUAAUUUUAUAAUCUUAGUGUCUAUGAUCUCAGCUGCUAAUUCAAAUAUUUAUUUUGGCUCAAGAUGUUUGUUAUCAAUUGCGGAGGAAGGAUAUGUGACAAAGAGUAUUAGUAGAAGGAUAAACGGUAUACCUUAUUUGUCAGUUUUGUUGACUUCAUCAAUUGGUUUAAUCUCAUUAUUUUCGAAAUACAAAUCAAUCAAUAUAUUUUUCAAAUUGUUGAUCAACUUAUCAGCUACUUCUGGGUUAUUAAUGUGGUUAUUCAUACUGAUUAGUUAUAUUAGAUUUAGAAAAGCAUUACAAUAUAAUUUAUUAGAUUACAAACAUUUGUCGUAUACUUCAAAUGUAAACAUGAUUUGGUUUAGUUAUUUUUCAAUAAUUAGUAUAAUAUUAAUUAUUUUCAUAAAUGGAUGGUCAAGUAAUGAUAUUGAUUCGUUUUUAAGUUGUUAUUUAACUUCAAUAGUGGUGAUACUAGGCAGUUUUCUACUAAGUAUCAAAUGGAAACAACCAAUAUUAAAACCAAUACAAUCUAUAGAUAUAUAUACAAAUCAAUCUGCGAAUGCAUUUAAUAUAUAA